UUCAUGAAUCUUUGCUUCAAAAAUAAGUAUGAGCAGCUUGAAAUCAAACUCCUCCUGAAACAAAGAAGACAAGACUUAGGCAUGUGGAGCCUUGCUGAGCUAUUAGAGAGUGCAUGGAGGCUCCGUAUGUGUUUCACUUCCUUAUUCUGUAGAACCAACCAAUGUGCUGCUAAAUCUGAAGUUUCUAAAGGGUAUGAGACACAGACAAUAGAAUCAUGGUAGUCUUACUAUUUAUUCUUGAAAUUAUUUUGUUUAAUUUUGUUUCAGCUAUUACUCCACCAAAAGGUUCUCAAGAGUUAGGAGCAGUGCUUUUGUGCAAAGAUCAGAAUCAAGAUAUCCAAGCAGUAGGAUAUGGUAAUGGUGAAUAUCUUGGCUACUUUGACUUUGAAAAAGUAAAAUUUACACCGUUUAAUGAGAAACACGAGCCUUUGGUGGAAGAAUACAAAAACACUGCACUAAUGCAAUUUGCAAGUCUUUCUGAUAACGCAUGUAGUUAUCUUUCAAAUCUUCAAAUGCAGCAAAAUAAAGAUGUUCAAGAAAAACAAGUUGAGCCCAGAGUUGCUUUGUAUCCAAAGUUAACUGCGGAGCUGGGAAGACCGAACACAUUGAUUUGUAUUGCAAACCAGUUCCAUCCCCCUCUACUCAACAUCUCUUGGAAGAAGAAUGAGGAGAACAUAGUGGAAGGCAUUAUCACUAGCAAAUAUCUCAGUAAUGAUGAUUUCAGUUUCUUAAUGUAUUCAUAUCUGCCAGUCACUGUACAGGCUGGAGAUAUUUACACCUGCACAGUAGCACACAGCAGUCUGGCAAAACCCAGAACCCUAAUCUGGGAACCUGAGUUUUAUGAAGACCACAGAUCCGCUACUGUAUUCUGUGCUUUGGGCCUCAUCAUAGGAGUUCUUGGAGUUGCUUCGGGAAUUGCUCUAAUCUUAAAGCUUAAAAGGUGUCAGUCACCUUUAUAUCAACAAUGAUGGUACUAAGAUCUGAAAUUCACACCAUCAUUCUCAUCCGGAUUUUAAAAGCUUUUUUAAUAUGGAUGCUCAUUACACCUUUGAGUUUAUCAGUAUUCUGCAACAGUGCUUAGCAGUCUACAUACAGUCUACAUACAACUUUGUAUAAAUAUGUUAUCUUUUAACACAAUUAUAUUAUUUUAUAUUGCUUAAUUGAACUGCAUCAUGCAGAAAGAAGUGUUGGAUUUCAUAAUUGUUUAAUACUUACCAGCAGUGCAACCUUUUUUUUUCUCAUGGCACGCAUGUAGAUCUCUUUGAAUCUGUAUAGUGCUUAGCUAUUGACUACUUUGACAUGGAAGGGAGAUUUGUGAAAAAACACUCUUGCUUAUAUAAGGUGUGUAUACUUGGCUGUUCAUAAAAUGUUCUAAGAGUUUAUUGCUCACAGCACAUAAAAUGCUGCAUUUAUUUUUCCUACUUGCGCUUUAAGUCACAUGUAUAUCUUAUUUUGUUUCAGUGUUUAGAUAAAAUAUUUUGCCAAAGUAAUAACAGUUUAAUUAUUUUAUAACCUAUUUAAUUUAAAAUGUCGCUUAAUGGAAAUGACUUAAUGAUGAAAGUUAAGCAAUACUGUAUCACAGUAUCUAAGAAAAAACAUAAAUUCUAGAACACAUUGUGGACCAGAGCCUGACCAGUUUUAUUGACUGUAUAUGACUAUGUAUGGAGAAUCAGAAUUGUGCAUAAGAAAGAAAGAAAGACACUGUAAGCAGUACUCAAACAAUUGAGAAAUACCAUUUUAAAUAGUUCAGCAUUACAGAAUGGGUCUCCCAUUUCAAUAGUACAACUUUCUUAUUGUUUGUUUUAUUGGUCAACUUUUCUUUUUCCAGCAUUGGAUUAGUCUUUGCAGUUCUAGUAAUUCAUUGGACAGCAUGUGUAGCUGUAUUUGCAGUAUUAUUCAAGAUGAAUGGAGUUUGAUUCUUAAUUUUUAAUGGAUGUUUUUGUAAGGUACCUGACUGGGAGUUAUCCAUGUUCAUUGUUUUACUUUGUUUGUUUGUGUCUUUCGGCUUUUCCCGGUUAGGGGUCGCCACAGCGGAAGUUCCUUGUUUUACUAUUGGACAAAAUUGAAAGGGGGUGCGCCUAUGUGUUUUUAUUCACUGUUUGCACAGCAUAAGUUAGUCAAUGGUUCUGGGGAUAUCAGUAGAUGAUGAAAGCGCUUAACCAUAGUUUUUAACUUUGGCAAUAAAGGUUUGUUGUGA